CGUGAAGUUGUGAACACGUCAGUAAGUCUGUUGAACAUUGAGUGAACGUCGACUGUCUUUCUUGCGCAGCAAACGCAAGUGCUGCAUCAAUAGACUCCUUAGCAGAACGCGAGGAGGACAGAGGGGUACUGUGACGGCGAUUUUAGUAAUGUCUCUUGAGAAAUAACAUUAUAAGGUCUCUAAACAUGACUUCGGUGUGGAAGAGACUUCAGCGUGUCGGCAAGAAAGCAUCGAAGUUCCAGUUUGCGGUGACUUUUCAAGAACUGACAGUGGAAUGCAGGAAGAAAUGGCAGCCAGACAAACUGAGAGUAGUAUGGAGCAGGAGAAACCGGAGAAAUUGCACCAAGCUGCAUGGGUGGCAGCCUGGCAUCAAGAACCCCUACAGGGGCACGGUGGUGUGGCAGGUGCCCGAAAACCUGGACAUCACCGUCACACUCUUCAAGGACCCGACUGCAGAUGAAUUUGAAGACAAGGACUGGACAUUCAUCAUUGAGAAUGAGACUAACAAGGGCCACAGGAAGGUGCUGGCGUCGGUGGACGUCAACAUGAAGAAGUUUGCCAGCGCCACGCCUGCCCAGUACGACCUGACACUGAAGCUCAAGCCCCUGUCUGUGAAGGUGGUGGAAGCCACACUCAAACUGACCUUGACCUGCGUCUUCCUCAAAGAGGGAAAGGCCACAGAUGAGGACAUGCAGAGUCUGGCCAGUCUGAUGAGCCUGAAGCAGAGUGACAUCGGCAACCUGGACGACUUCAACGAUAGUGACGAGGAGGAGGACGAGAGGAGGGUCAGCAUCGGAGCCGGCAUGGGCCCCGCCACUCCUGUCACAGCACCCACGAGAAGAAUACGUGAUCAGGCAUGGAGGCCUGUGAUUGACCCAAAGCCCCCAGAGUUUCAGAGGCAGUUGAGCACUCUGACAGAGGAGGAAUACAGCACUGCCACAACUCCCAACCACACUGCUGGAAUAAUCAGUAUUGCCAGUCAGAGGCCAGACCCAACAACAUCCACACUUGACCCAUUGGCUAAGCCCUUUGGGACAAGAGUCCAUGAGAGAAGGCAGGAGGCAUUCUCAAUGUUUGGAGUGGAGGUUGUCCAGGCAAUGGCAGGGCAGCAGGGGGCAGCAGAGGAGCCAACAACGCCUAAAGGCGGAGCUGUAAACUCUCAGGAAACGGGUCUAGGCAGUGCUGCUUCCCCAGAAGACCUCAUGGCCAGUCCUGGCCUUGUUACCUCCAGCCAGUCCCUACUGGAGUGGUGUCAGGAAGUCAUCAAAGAACAUAAGGGGGUCAAGAUCACCAACUUCAGCACAUCCUGGAGGAACGGCCUGGCCUUCUGUGCCCUGCUACACCACUUCCACCCGGACAGGAUAAACUUUGAGAUGCUGGACCCUUAUGACAUCAAGCGCAACAACAACAAGGCCUUCGACGGUUUCGCAGAGUUGGGCAUCUCACGGCUGAUAGAGCCCUCAGACAUGGUCCUCCUGGCCGUGCCUGACCGCCUCAUCGUCAUGACCUACCUCAACCAGAUCCGCACCUACUUCACGGGCCAGGAGCUGAGUGUGCUGCACAUCGAGGCGGACAACAGUGAGUCCAGUUACGGCAUGGUCGGGGAGAGCCGGGUGGGCCCCGACCCGGAGGCCGCCGCACGCUACUGUCAACGGAUCCAAGAUGAGGCCCUCACAAUGGAGACCAAUGUGGGCGCUGCAGAGAAGAAGGCGGAUAGUGACACUAAGGAGGGCACCAAUAGGGAAGUGGUCCCACCCCCUAGAACCAAACGCCUGCAGGCUGCAGGGGAAGCAGGAGGGGCCCAAGCCCCCGUCGUACCCCCCAGGACACAUUUUCUAUCUGCCAAGUCUGGGUUCUCCCACCUAAAGGAUGCAGAUCUGAUUAAGAAACGACGGUCACAACGCAGGUCAAUAGUCGAGGCAGACUCAACCGAGUUACAGGUUGCUACAGCACAGGAAGAGAGUGGAGCUGACAGAAUAAAAUCAGAAACAGGAAGGACAGCUGGUGAAGAAGGACGAUCAGCUGAGGAGGACACCAGCCAGUAUGUCCUGAGGGAGAUGCAGGCCCUAGAGUUUGAACAGAAGCACAUUGACAGCAGGGCAGACAUCGUGGAAAGGAGACUACGGCAACUGAUGGAGUCAGGUAGUGAGAAGAUGCAGGAGGAGAAGCUGAUUCAGGAGUGGUUCACUCUGGUCAACAAGAAGAACGCCCUCAUCAGGAGACAAGACCAACUACAGCUAUUGCAAGAAGAGCAGGACCUGGAAAUGAGGUUUGAGAUGCUGAACCGAGAGCUGAGAGACAUGAUGGCUAUUGAAGAGUGGCAGGAGACAGUGGCCCAUAAACACAGGGAGCAGCUGCUACUGCAGGAGCUGGUGUCUCUGGUCAACCUGAGGGACGAGCUGGUCCACAACAUGGACGCCAAGGAGAAAGGGGCUCUGGAGGAGGACGAGAGGCUGGAGAGAGGCCUGGAGCAGAGACGCAGGAAGUACAGCAAGAAGAGCAAGCAGGAGAAGUGUGCACUGCAGUGAGGCCUGGCGUUGGACACACCUGAACCAGGCAGCCUAGUAGAAGGUCACACCUGAACCAGGCAGCCUAGUAGAAGGUCACACCCGAACCAGGCAGUCCAGUCGAAGGUCACACCUGAACCAGGCAGUCCAAUUGAAGAUCACACCUGAACCAGGCAGCCCAAUUGAAGUUCACACCUGAACCAGGCAGCCCAGUGGAAAGUCACACCUGAACCAGGCAGUCCAGUCGAAGGUCACAUCCGAACCAGGCAGUCCAAUUGAAGAUCACACCUGAACUAGGCAGCCCAGUGGAAAGUCACACCCGAACCAGGCAGUCCAGUGGAAAGUCACACCUGAACCAGGCAGUCCAGUCGAAGGUCACAUCUGAACCAGGCUGCCCAGUGGAAAGUCACACCCGAACCAGGCAGCCCAGUGGAAAGUCACACCCGAACCAGGCAGCCCAGUGGAAGGUCACACCUGAACCAGGCAGCCCAGUGGAAGGUCACACCUGAACCAGGCAGCCCAGUGGAAGGUCACCUGGAUGCACAUUGGGACUAAAGUUGUAUGUGUGUGGAUCAUGACAUCAACACUGCAUGGAAGAGACUGAGAACUGUGUUAUGGGACUGCACUAGGAGGACAUAAAACAAUGUUCACUCACCCCCUCUCUAUGAUAUGACAGAGCCUCAUUGCAACCUAUGACUGGUUGUCAACAGUCACCCUGCUCUUCAGAUUGUGUUUUGAUUGGAUUUAAGUUGUGUUUUUUUGUGCAUAGUGUGUGUGUACUGUUAGGUUUUAAUUUUGAGUAAAUAACUCAUGGACACUAGAGAAGCUUAACCAAGUUGAAUUCUUUCCAAAGGGUCGUUUGUGUGUGUGUGUGUGUGUGUGUGUGUGUGUGUGUGUGUGUGUGUGUGUGUGUGUGUGUGUGUGUGUGUGUGUGUGUGUGUGUGUGUGUGUGUGUGAGUGUGUGCCUUGAUGUGUGUUUGUUAGCGUGUGUGAUUGAGAGUGCCAAAGAGGUCACUACACUUUGUUACACAAUCUAUGACUAUAUGCCGUUAUUUAGUGUUUUAACUUCAGGUCACAAAGGCAUACCCCUAACUAACUAAUCACCAGAUAAGUGCCUUACAGCUUUUUUAAAAAGCUUUCCAAAAUGGUUCUUCAACUGUCCCCAUAGGAUUUUUGGUUCCAGGUAGAACCUUUUUUGGUUCCAGGUAGAACCCUCUCUGGAAAGGGUUUUACAUGGAAAACAAAAGGGUUCUACAUGGAAUCAAAAGGGUUCUACCUGGAACCAAAAAUAGUUAUUCAAAGAGUUCUCCUAUGGGGAUAGGCGAUUAACCGUUUUAGGUUCUAAAUAGCACCUUUCUUUCUAAGAUACUGUAUAAUCUGUUACAGUAGUGUAUUAUACAAUGGGUUACUUCAAAAAGGUAUUUUCUACUGAAUGGGAUAUUAGGGAAGUGGCAGGGCUCCAGUACUUAGCUACAUCAAAUACCUACAUUAGACCCAUGCAGCAGGUGGAUUGAUUCACCCCUUUUCACCUAUUGUUAAAUAAGCAUUCUGAUUAUUGACAAUUACAAUGGCAAGAUGGAAGUGAAGUGGUCAAUUUGUGCAAACAAAGAAUGCCAAAACGAGCUUCCUCAUUUAUUGCAGUACGUUGGCUUGGACUGUGCAGACAGCACACAGCAAGCAUCUGUUGUCUGAUUCUUUAUUGAGGUGAAUGUAUGUGGAUGUCGACGAAAAGAACAGAACGGACAUUGUUGACAAGGUCUUGUGAUUGAAGAUGUUAAAUGUUUACUUUGGGUGCACCAACACUCAAGCAGAGUGGGAGAUCGUGGAUGAAAGGGGAAAAGGACAGAAGUCUAUACUGUAGGUACAGUAUACUGCAAUUUGGUGUCUGAAACAACAAAACAGUUUAAACGUGUUGGAAAUAUUUGAUGCUUUUAUUUAUUGAAUAGGUAUUGGACAGAUAAUCCUACAUAUCCUGCCUGUCAAAUGUGCCUUUAACCAGAUCCAUAGUAAAAACAAAUGUCCAGAAGUAGGACUCAACUUUGUGUUCCUAGUUCACAAAUGUUUAUGCAGUGAGUUCAGUUCCUGUUUGUGACAUUAGUCUCGUAAUGCCUUGUUUUCCAUUGAUUGUUUUUUGUUGUUUUGAAAGUUAAAUAAGGAAGCGGUGGAGUCUGAACAUGAUCAAUUUCAAGAUGCUCUAAAAUGCUAGAGAACAGGAAUAUUCAAACGGAAAACAGCAGGCAAAUGCAUGUUUCUGAGUGUUUCCAUCUUAACCUUACAACUAUCAACUGCUAUAGUCUUAUGCACAUGCUUAUUAGCGAAUCUGUAAUAUGCAAAAGUGUAUGCGUUAAACAAAUAACCCUCAUACAUGAUAAAAAAAUACACUUUACUUUAGCUAAAAUAUAUUCUAGUAUUAAAACUCCAGCACUUCGUUACAGCAGUAUUACUGCAGAUGUAGGAUCUGAAUUUGAGCCAGUUGCUACAGCAGGAAAAUAAUCUUGCAGCAACAGGAAAUGUGAAUUAUUAUGUGGAUUAUAAUUAAUGGACAUUUUUGUAUGGGGUUGAUACAUUUAUAAUUAGGGCAAAUCAAGUCUGAAAUUUCAAAGUGGAAAUUACAAACUUUAGAUGCAUUUUUAAAACUCAAAUACACUACAAGUUUGCGUUUCCCGCUGUGCAGGAAAAUUCUCUGCAACAAAAGAGUGAUCAAAUUAAGAUCCUACAUGUAUAUUAUUGGCCAGGCAGGAGUGCACCGGAGGUUUAUAUUUGCUUGACAUCUGCUCCUCUACACUUUGUGUAAUGUUACGUUAUCAUGAGCGCAGGCGUUUCUAUUUCAGUGGGAGGAACUACUUAACAGAGUAAAAACAUGAUUCUGUCUGGAGUUAUUUUGGGUGACACUGGAGAGUGAAAUUCGUUUAGAAGUGUUUGAAUUUGUGUUCUAGCUUGUUCCCCCUCUGCCCCACUGUUGUUAGUUACUGUGUUAAUGUUGCUACCACUGUGUAAGUUUGAGAGAUUUUACUUUCAGUUUUCUGAAAUAGCUUUUGGGGAAGGUUUUGUUUGUUUUAAUGUACAUUUGCACUAUUUGUGAUGUUUGGAGAAUUAAAGGUAUCUUGGAUCACUAUUUGUGAUGUUUGGAGAAUUAAAGGUAUCUUGGAUCACUAUUUGUGAUGUUUGGAGAAUUAAAGGUAUCUUGGAUCACUAUUUGUGAUGUUUGGAGAAUUAAAGGUAUAUUGGAUCACUAUUUGUGAUGUUUGGAGAAUUAAAGGUAUCUUGGAUCACUAUUUGUGAUGUUUGGAGAAUUAAAGGUAUCUUGGAUCACUA